CACGAAGAUUUUGUGAUAGACGUGCUUCGAUUAUUUUUCCAUCAUUAAGGCGCCAGAGAAAACACGAAAGUUCCUUCUAAUACUGACAUCAUUUCAUACACUCGAGAACUAUUCCCGACGUAUAACAAGAAGACUGAGAAAUACUUCCUCUCAAGCAUUUUGAGAUGGGCCUAAUAUCUUUUGCAGAAGACACUGAGCCUACGCAUCUUGAGGAAAAGAUGAGGUGGAAAGAAAAGCCCACCGUGUCCUUGGCACAGGCUCCUAAGACUGAAAAACCAGUAAAAAAGCUGGCCCCACAAAAGGAAGAUGCGUUGACCUCCCUCUCUUUUGAGCAGGUCAACGAUAACGCCGAUGAGCUCAUCGAACUCAGAGGCGCAGGUCGGUACUUUGGAGUCACAGACCCAUCAACAGGCGAAUCCAUUAACGCUCAGCAAGAACUCGGGCGAAUUUGCGACAACUGCCAUGAAAGAGGGCACGUUCGUGCGAAAUGUAAAACCGUCAUUUGCCAUAAGUGCGGUGUAGUGGGAGACCAUUACGAAACGCAUUGUCCCACUACGAUAGUUUGUUCUCGAUGCGGGGAUCGCGGGCAUACAUGGGCUACAUGUACGAGCAAGACAAGAAAACAGCAGUAUUGUGAAACAUGUGACUUGUACAGCCACAGCAAUGACAACUGUCCCAGUAUAUGGCGGUCCUAUCUCACAAAAGCCAUAAAGCCCAAUACGCAGCUCCCCCCUACUUACUGCUAUAAUUGCGGAGACGACAUGCAUUUUGGUGACGAAUGCCCUGAACCCCGCACAUCGAGAAUACCAAACAGUAGUGGCAGUGCAUUCAGUGGAAACAACCUUCCAAAGGAGCUCAGAGACCGGUAUUUCAACAAGUGUUUUGGCAAGAAAACCAAGAGCUUUCCUGAGCCUUCGUCAAGAAACUUUUCAAGUAACAGUGGGAAUGGCAUAAAUUUCCACAGCUACGGGAAUAGCAGUCAUGGCAACAAUAACUACAGCAAUAGAAAUUACGGGGACAAUGGUCACAACAACAGUUUCGGGAGCAGCAGCUACAACAACAGCUACAACACCAAUAGCAAGAAGCGUUCAUAUCAAAGCACUGAGUCUGCUUCAUCCAGAAACUACGAGCCGUCGAGGUCCGGAUUUUUGGCAUCGAAGACAAGUGGAAAGAAGUCUCAGGCGUCGGGCAAAUCGCUUCAGGCGUCAAGAACUGGCGUGCUUCCAAGCAAGCUGAAGAAGUCAGGUUCUGCAAAACCAAACAGGAGCGGAGUGAUCCCUCGCAACAAGAAACUGACCAAAGGGUCCAUGCAACAAUUGUAUUAAUCGGGAAGCAAGGAAAGGUGCUUAAAGGGUGCAUAAUAGAGAGCUCUUCGUGUCAAUAAAAAUGUGGCUCAACAUAAUUUUGUAUAAUUUAAGGUGUGGUAUUUCCUGUUAUGUGCUGAUGUAUCAUUUUUUUUGUUUUUGAUCUCGGUUAUUAUCCUGGCUUAUAUUGAAGUGACCAUGCUCGGCACUGCUGACCACUGAUUGAAUAGAUAAGUGGGUGGCAAAAAACACGCACGGUUGUUGGCCGAAGCAAGUAAAGCAACUUCGAAAACUUGUCUCUGGUUGAUUCUCUCAAUUGUUUUUCUAGUAAAUCAAUAUUUCUAUGAAUGAAAGGU